AUGGAGUUCCGUGUGUACUCUCCUUCGUCCGUCCAAGACACCGCCAAUAUAUCCCAUCAUCACCAUCAUCCGCCGACCCAUCCCGAUCACUACUCGCCGCUCGUGUGCUACUCGUACACGCUCAACACGAUCCUCGGCGUGGGCUGCCUCACGAUCCCGUACGCCGGUCUCGUCCUCGGCUUAAGUACCGUAGUGGGUAUGUCGUUUCUUUCGUAUGUGACCGUGCUGUGGACGUGCGAGGCGCUGGAGAGGCACCGCCGCCGCCUCCACCUCCUGCCUCCGACUUCCGACGACGACUUGGAGGUCGUGACGCUCUGCCGCGUCUACCUCGGCUCCAUCGGCGCCAAUCUGUACCACGUCGCGCUCUACAGCUACGGCUACGCCGUCCUCGUGGCCUUUGCCCAAGUGUUCAUCGCGGCACUGUCCACCCAAUUCCCCGCACUGUCAUCCUCGUUAGUCGCGCUAUUCUACAGUCUCGUGGUGGUGCCGCUGUCGUGCAUGGACCUCACCGAGCAGAUCGUGUCUGCUCUUCCCGCCGACCACCUCCGCGUCCUCGGACACAUUCUCCUAUGUGUAGCGCUUCCGCUGGUCAACUUUGACGGUUUGGGACUCCUCGUGAGUACCGUUGUAUUUGCUCAGUUCUGCCACAUGUGCGUACCUUCCCUCAUCGCGCCGCUCAAAAAAGAGGCCACCGUCGCCGCCCCGUCCAUCUUCUUGGCGGCCAUGACAACCACCACAUGCAUCUACGUCGUUCUCGCCGUCCUCUGCGCCAUCUCCUUCGGGCCCCAAACCCUCUCCAGCGUCAACCUCAACUGGAGCUCAUUUCCAUCAAUGCCCCUUGUCGUAAGAACGUUCCUCGUCCUCUUUCCCGCCAUCGACACCCUCAGUUCGUUCCCCCUCAUCGCCAUCAACGUCGUCCAAGACGCCACAUCUUUGCCCAAGCUGGCCAGUCGACUGGCCGCGGCCGUCCCACCCAUUCUCCUCGGAUAUGCAGUCAACGACCUCAGCACCGUUGUGCAUGUUUCGGGGGUGUUUGGGGUCUACCUCGUCCUCAUCGGCCCCGCACUCUUGCAGUGGACGUCCCUCGCCUCCGACCCCGAGCCCACGAGAUAUGCAUGCAUGCUUAGCCACAUCGGAUGGGUCUAUCUUGUCCUUGUCACAGGCGCCGCCGCGGUUGUCAUCUUGGCGGCUCAGGUCGUCUCGUAG